CAUGCUGAGCCGGCUCCAGGAGCUGCGCAAGGAGGAGGAGACGCUCCUGCGCCUGAAAGCGGCGCUGCACGACCAGCUCAACCGGCUCAAGGUUGAAGAAAUGGCACUGCAGGCAAUGAUUAAUUCAGCCAGAGGGGACAGCAUGCUACCUUCCCAGCCUGCACCUGAUCCAGCAGAGGAUAUGUUGGUGCAUGUUGACAAUGAAGCUUCAAUCAACCAAACAGCACUGGAGCUGAGCACAAGGAGUCACGUGCCAGAAGAGGAAGAGGAGGAAGAAGAGGAAGAAGAAUCAGAUUCCUGAAGGAGGAAGAGUCAGGGUUAGUUCAUUAAGUGUCCAGUAUCUGGAACUUUUCUUUUUCAAAGAAUUCUCUGGCCAUGGGUCCUAUAACCUACUUAAAAGGAUGAAUUGUUGUAAAAAUGACUCCACUAGUAAUUCAAGUUUUGGGAUGUUUUUAACAAAAAUUAAGAGACCAAGAAAAGCAAAGCUAUAGUGGUUUAGCAUUGAGCAAAUUGUAUCUACGAUCUGGCCAGAUUCAGUAAUUGUGAGCAAAACAGAAAUUUCCUACGGAAAUGCUCUCAGCCAAGCCCAGUGCUUGCACAGUUUAAAUACAAACCAGCCUUUCCAGUCCACAAUGCCUCCUUUAAGAAAACCAAUUCUAGGCUGCUGUUUGCAUGCCACCAUGACACCAGAUGCACAGUACAAGGCCACAGCAACCAAAGAAAGAGGCAGAGCACCAAUGGUCACUUGAAAGCGUGUGCUAUUGCCACCUCACAGGACACUGUAGUACUGCUCACCAUGGACUUCUUGUACGGCUGUCCUUGGCUUAAAGGAUGGUAAAAUAUAUGGAGAAAGAGAGAGCACAGCAGCUGCCAAAAAGGUCUGUUUCUCCUGGGAAAAAUACAGCUGGAUGGGUUCAAACUCAUGUCUGGAUUUAGAGAGCAAAUGUAUCGUGAAAGAGAAACCAGUCUGCUGGGGAAAUGGGGUUUAUAUAAUAAAGGAACAAGUUACAGACUCGGUUAUAAAA